CUCCCCAUGCCUGAGGACGAGGAGGAGCUGAACGUAAAAUUUGCUGAACUGGUGGACGAGCUGGACCUAGAUAAAGCUCACCGCGAUGCUAUGUUCAGUCUACCACCCGAGAAGAAAUGGCAGAUCUACUGCAGUAAAUCCAGAGAGCAAGAAGACCCAAACUCUAUCAGCUGGCCAGACUACUACAUAGACAGGGUCCAGGCGAUGGCCACAGCAACAGUGUUCUUUGGUGACAGGACAGAGGAGAUGUCACACCGCCUGACAGUUGUGGACAGUUUGAAGACUGCACUGAGAACACAACCAAUGAGGGAUAAAACUGUUGUGGUUCCAAUGGAUGUUUACCAACAAUAUAUGGUGGAAACCAAGAGAAUGGACCAUCUUGAAUUCCGCAUCCACUUACGCUAUGAGUUCUUGAUGCUAGGGCUCCAGCCUGUUCUAGAAAAAUUGCGCUCUCAUGAAAAUGUCACACUUGACAGACAUAUUGAUUUCUUUGAAAUGGUUAGAAAUGAAGAUGAAAAAGAGCUGGCCAAGAGAUUUGACCAGGAUCACAUUGACACCCGUAGUGCAACUGCCAUGUUUGACAUUUUGAAGAAGAAGUUGGGCUUCACCCUGGCCUACCCCCACUUCCUGUCCAUCCUCCAUCAUCUGCUCAUGUUACCUUUGUCGAAGAACAGUGCAUUCCACCAUUGGCAGUUAAUAGACAGGAUAGUGCAGCAGAUUGCACUACAGCAGAAGAAUGCCAUCAACCCAGAUGUGGCACCACUUGACAUUGAUGUCAAUCAAAUUAUCAAACAACUGGCACAGGAGAAUGAGAUCAAGGCAAUUCAGCAGAAGAUGAGGGAUGUGCAGAGAGAAAAUGAUGAACUGGCCUCCAAACUUCAGAAAAAAGAGAGAGAGUGUGACAUCAAGACACAGGAGAAGGAAGAUGUGAUAACAACACUGAACAAAAUGAAGAACAGGUUGGAGAGGGAGGCCUCAGCUCAUGGAGACGCCAAACAACAGAUUGCAGAACUUACAAGUACAUAUGAAGAACUCAAGGGACUGCUCGAACAAGAACGGCAAGAGAGAGAAAAACUUCAGCAAUAUAUGAAAAGUGGCAGUCUGCCAGAUGAUGCUAAGAUGGGGUUCAACACAGCAGCAUCUGCCCUGGCCACAGCUUCCACCACAAAAUCUGUGGCCCCUCCUCCUCCCCCACCCCCUCCACCAAUGUCAGGGGGACCUGUUCCUCCUCCCCCCCCCCCCCCCCCCCCCCCACCAGGACCAGGAGGCCCCCCGCCUCCACCACCACCUCCAGGUGCUCCACCUCUUACUCCAGGGAAGGCAGUCAGGAAGAAAGACAUUCCAAAAUCAUCCAAUCCUCUCAAAUCUUUUAAUUGGUCCAAACUUCCAGAGGUGAAACUUGCUGGUACAGUAUGGAAUGAUAUUGAUGAUACCAAAUUAUACAAGAUGCUGGACCUGGACGAAUUUGACAAGACAUUCUCAGCCUACCAGCACCAACAAAAUGGAGGUGAGGAGAACGGCGAAAUCAUGAGCACCAUGAACAGACAAAACAAAUCCAAAGAAUUGUCAGUGAUUGAUGGCCGCCGUGCGCAGAACUGUACUAUUUUGUUGUCCAGGAUUAAGAUGACCAAUAGUGAGGUCCGAGACUGUAUCAUGAGUAUGGACUCUAACGAGGAACUGCCCAAGGACAUGUGUGAGCAGCUGCUGAAGUUUUGUCCCACUCCUGAGGAGACGCAGAUGUUAGGGGAACAUGAGCACCACCUGGAGGAGAUGGCAAGAGCUGACAGAUUCCUGUAUGAAAUGAGCAAAAUUCCACAUUAUGAACAAAGGUUAAAAGCAUUGCACUAUAAAAAGAAGUUUACAGAAAGGAUGGUUGAUGCUCGGCCAAAAGUGGAAGCUGUUUUACAAGCAUCAAAAGAGAUGAUAAAAAGCCCACGUCUGCGGAAGUUUUUAGAGUUGGUCUUGGCUUAUGGCAACUACAUGAACCCAGGCCAGCGCGGCAAUGCUUACGGCUUUAAACUUUCUAGUCUCAACAAAAUCAUUGACACAAAGUCCAGUAUUAAUAGGAAUCUUACCCUGUUACACUACCUUUUAGAAGUUAUAGAAAAAAGGUUCCCAGAUUUAUUGAGAAUCCAUGAGGACAUUAUUGAUGUGCGUUUGGCAGCAAAAGUACAUAUGCCAGAACUGGAGAAAGAUAUACAGAUUCUUAAAAGUGGACUUAAAGAAAUUGAAAAGGAAAUAGAAUUUCACAGGCACAGACAGCUAGAGCCAGAUGACAAAUUUGUCUCUGUUAUGUCAGACUUUAUCACGGUGGCAGCAUACAAUUAUUCUGAGUUGGAUGAUCUAGUCAGUGAGAUGAGGCAGAAGUAUGACCAGGCAACGAGAUUAUUUGGUGACGACCCAAAAAACAGUCAGCCUGAGGAAUUCUUUGGUACAGUAGAUGCUUUUUUGACAUCCUUUGCUGAGGCCAGGCAAGAAAAUGAGAAGUUUAGGAGGCAGAGGGAGGAAGAAGAAAGAAGGGCUAAAAUUGAUGCACAGAUGAGAGCUGAAAGAGAGAGACAAAAAGCAACCAGAAGACCCUCUGAUAGAAGAAAUGAUGAAAAGGGAGAAGGAGAAUUUGAUGACCUCAUCUCAGCCCUCAGAACUGGGGAUGUAUUUGACAAAGACUUAGCAAAAAUGAAGAGGAAUCGCAGACGACCGAGUGCAGGCCGCGCAGACACAAGAGAGAGGGUAGGAACUCUGAAGUCAGUGGCUUAAAACUCCAUUAUUAAGACCGGGUGCUGGCACCAAUAUGACUUCGUUUCCAAACCAUGACACCAUUUUUGUAAACCCUAGGAUAUGAUAGAAAUUGAGGACCAAGUGCCUGAAGAUUUUUUUUCCUGUCAUUACUGGGAAAUGACUGAUUGCAAUCGACCACACAUUACAUACAGGUACAUUGAGGAAAAGGUUUCACUAUCGCGGCCUAGGUUUGUUACCAUGGUGCUGACAGAUUGUUAUACCUCGAAAAUGGGCCCUUGGACCUUUUUUCAAAUUAUGUGCACGCAGGCAAACUUACACAGAAACCUAGUGAACAUAUGGUACUUCCCACAUCUAGACGAGUUUGUUAAAGAUGUACAAUAUUUGCUGAUGUUAAUGGAUGUGAAAAUGCAUUGUGGGUAUUUGAGUAUAUUUUUAGAUUUAUCUAGAAAACACAUGAAGAAGAAAAUGCUGGGAGUCAUCAUUAAA